GCCAAUAUCACUAACUGCCACACCACCGCACAAGAGACUUAUUGUUCAGUUUGAAAUUUUAACUACAAAUUGCACUGUUUCGAUGCGAUUAGCAAUUUAACCACGAAACCACAACUAUAUUGCCAUCCCUUGACCCUUGUUGGCUGUUGCUCAAACUAGCUGGGUGGCGGGCAUUUGACAAAUGGCCCAACUACAGAUGAUGGAUUAUGGAAGACUCCCGGGUCCAUCUAUCAAUAUCUUCUACAGUGGGCUGGGCCGAACCAUUAGCUAACGAAGGGGAAGAAAUGAAGCAUGAAGGAGUAAGAAAGCCUGCCUCAAUCAAAGAAAAAUAUCCGACGAGGAGGAAUGAUAAUGGCCAGGGCAGCUGCCGUGUGCUGUGCUCUCAGUCAGGAGGGAGGAUAUCGUUUCACACAGUUUCCCAAUGGAGGGAAGCUGUAAACUGUAAAGUGAACUGAAUUCGACAAUGGAGUGCCCAAUUUCCCGCCGCUCUCAUCUCUCAGUCCCACUGUUCUUAUCGUCAUCCUCGUCGUAAAAGAAUGGCGGGGAGCAGGGGAAUGUUGCUUCCGUUUCAAUUCCCAUCAUCCUCUCCUCCUCCACCGUCUGCCCGCUUCUCCGCCGCCACCGCCCCUCCGUGUUGUUGCUCUUCUACUCCUUCUUCUUCUCCUCCUCCUCCGGCUUCUCUGGAUUCAGAACCAGACAGCCUCCCUCCUCGCAGUUUCACCUACUCUAGAGCUUCCCCUUCCGCCCGAUGGCCUCACCUUCAACUCCCUCUCUCUACACCCUUUCUUCCUCCACCAACGUCGGCUCCUCCUGCUCCGCUUCAAAUUCACGAUGACAGCGACUACGAAGAGGAGUUAGAGGUAGAAGAGGACACUGCCGCUUCCAAUCCUUCCUCCCAAUCUCUCUUCUCCGAUGAACAUUCGCCGUCGGCCGCCAAUCCUUCACGGAACAAGGUCAAGAAGAUGAACAAAUUGGCGCUCAAGAGAGCCAAAGACUGGAGGCAGAGGGUGCGUACCUUAACCCAAUCCAUCCUUGAAUUGGGUCCCGACCAAUUCGUCGCCGACGUCUUGGACCACCGUCGCGUUCAGAUGACCCCAACUGACUUCUGCUUCCUCGUCAAGUGGGUCGGCAUCCACAGCUGGCACCGCGCUCUGGAGAUCUACGAGUGGCUCAAUUUGCGCCGCUGGUACUCCCCCAACCCGCGGAUGCUGGCCACCAUCUUGGCGGUCCUCGGAAAGGCCAACCAGGAAGCCCUGGCUCUCGAAUUGUUCACCAGAGCCACCGCCGAUCCCUCCUCCGGAGACACCGUCCAAGUGUACAACGCCAUGAUGGGUGUCUAUGCCCGCUCCGGCGCUUUCCAGAACGUCCACCAACUGCUUGAAACAAUGCGUCAACGAGGCUGCCAACCUGACCUUGUCAGCUUCAACACCCUCAUCAAUGCUCGCCUCAAAGCUGGUCCAUUCACCCUCAACCUCCCCAUUCAGCUCUUGGACGAGGUGACCAGGGCUGGGAUUAGCCCCGACACCAUCACCUACAACACCCUCAUCACCGCUUGCUCCCGCCAUUCCCACCUGGAUGAGGCUGUGAAGGUUUUCCGCCAUAUGGAAUCACGUUCUUGUCAACCUGACCUCUGGACCUACAAUGCCAUGAUCUCAGUCUACGGCAGAUGUGGGCAAGCUUCCAAAGCCGAGCAGCUUUUUAAGGAGUUGGAGGGUAAAGGGUUCUCUCCUGAUGCCGUCACCUACAACUCCUUGUUGUAUGCUUUCGCCAGAGAAGGGAAUGAGGCCAAGGUGAAUUCUGUUUGUGAUGAAAUGGUCAAGAUGGGGUUCCACAUGGACGAGAUGACCUAUAACACCAUCAUCCAUAUGUAUGGGAAGCGUGGUCAGCAUGAUCUUGCAUUACGCAUUUACAGAGACAUGAAAUCAGCUGGUCGGAAUCCUGAUGCUGUUACAUACACUGUGUUGAUUGAUUCACUUGGAAAAGCCAGCAAGAUUGAAGAAGCUGCUGGCGUGAUGUCUGAAAUGUUGGAUGCUCAAGUUAAACCCACUCUGACAACUUACAGUGCAUUAAUCUGUGGAUAUGCAAAGGUAGGGAAUCAAACUAAAGCUGAAGAAACUUUCAACUGCAUGGUUCGGUCUGGAAUUAGACCUGAUCAACUAGCAUACUCUGUGAUGUUGGAUAUCUUUCUUAGAUCUAAUAACACCGACAAGGCAAUGGUGUUGUAUAGAGAAAUGGUCCGUGAUGGUGUUUCCCCGGAUUGUACCCUCUAUGAGGUAAUGUUUCGUUCUCUUCAAAAUAAAAAAAGAGCAGAAGACAUUAAAAGCAUGGUCAGCGAUCUUGAACAUGUGUGUGGUCUGGACUUGGAUACCAUAUCUUCUCUUCUUGUCAAGGGGGGAUGUUAUGAAGAGGGUUCAGAAACGCUGAGGCGAGCCAUUGUCAAUGGCUCUGACGUUGAUCAGGAGGAUCUUUUAUCUAUAUUGAGUUCCUACAGUUCGUCUGGAAGACUUGCUGAAGCAGUUGAUUUGCUUGAUUUCUUGAAGAAACAUGCUUCUACGUCCAAACAAUUAUUAACAGAAGCUUCCGUUGUCGUGCUGUGCAAGGCUAAGCAAAUGGAAGCUGCUCUCAAGGAAUACAGUGAUUUGCAACAGUUUGGAGGAGGGCCUUCAGUAAGUUCUGUGGUUUUCGAGUGCUUAAUUGAAUGCUGUGAAGAAAACAAUCUAUUUGGUGAAGCCGGUCAGAUAUUUUCUGACAUGAGAGCCAACUGUUGCACUAUCCCUGACUCUACCUUCGAACGUAUGAUACUCUUGUAUUGUAAAAUGGGCUUCCCUGAGACAGCACAACAUUUGAUCGAUUUGGCAGAAAUUAAAGGUUUGCUGCUGCACAAGACCUCUAUUUAUGUAGAAAUUAUAAAAUCCUACGGUAAGUCAAAGCUUUGGCAGAAAGCAGAAAGGUUAGUAGGGAAUGUAAGACAAACAAGUGCAGUUCUAGACAGGAAGAUCUGGAAUUCCUUGAUAGCUGCUUACGCGGAAAGUGGAUGCUACGAACGAGCAAGGGCGGUCUUCAACACAAUGAUGAGAGAUGGCCCUUCUCCUACGGUUGACUCCAUUAAUGGCCUUUUACAGGCUCUGAUUGUUGAUGAGAGACUGGAUGAGCUUUAUGUGGUCAUCCAGGAGAUGCAAGACAUGGGUUUCAAAAUAAGCAAGAGCUCUAUUCUUUUGAUGAUUGAUGCAUUUGCAAGGAGUGGGAACAUUUUCGAAGUGAAGAAAAUAUAUCAAGGAAUGAAGGCUGCUGGUUAUUUCCCUAGCAUGCAUCUUUACAGGGUGAUGAUUGAAUUGUUAUGCCGAGGGAAAAGGGUAAGGGAUGCUGAAGUUAUGGUUUCCGAAAUGAAAGAAGCAGGUUUCAAGCCUGAUCUUUCGAUAUGGAAUUCAAUGCUCAAAUUAUAUGCUGGAACUAAUGAUUUCAGAAAGACAACUCAAAUAUAUCAGCAGAUUAAAAAUGAUGGAUUUAAUCCAGAUGAGGAGACUUACAACACGUUGGUCGUAAUGUACUGCAGAGAAUGUCGGCCAGAGGAAGGUUCAUUGUUGAUAAGUGAAAUGAUAGGGUUAGGACUGGAGCCUUGGUUGGGUACCUACAAAAGUUUGCUCACUGCGUUUGGUAGGAUGCAAUUGGUACAGCAAGCUGAGGGACUAUUCGGCGAUUUAGUGGCGAAAGGAUAUAAACUUGAUCGAUUUUUCUACCAUUCAAUCAUGAAGAUAUAUAGGAAUUCAGGAAACCAUGGAAAAGCUGAGGCACUGUUGAGCACUAUGAAAGAUGCUGGAAUAGAACCCAAUGUUGCUACAAUGCACUUGCUUAUGGUGUCAUAUAGCGGUUCAGGCCAUCCUCAGGAAGCUGACAAAGUUCUCGACAAUUUGAAACAAACAGGUGUGGACCUCAGCACACUGCCAUACGCCUCUGUCAUCGACGCUUAUUUUAGGAAAGGAGAGUACAAUGAUGGGAUAAAAAAACUUGAGGAGAUGAAGAAAGAUGGUUUUGAAGCAGAUCAUAGAAUAUGGACAUGCUUUAUCAGGGGUGCAAGUCUGGCCCAGCAGAGUAAUGAAGCUAUUAAGCUUUUACAUGCUCUGGGAGCUGCUGGGUUUGAUCUUCCAAUCAGGCUUCUGACUGAAAAUUCGGAAUCACUAGUUCCAGCAGUGGACAAUUGUCUUGAGAUGCUAGGACCGAUGGCAGAUAAUGCGGCCUUUAACUUUGUAAAUGCUUUGGAGGAUUUGUUGUGGGCAUUUGAACUUCGAGCCACUGCGUCGUGGGUUUUCCAGUUGGCGGUCAAGAGGGGUAUCUAUCCCCAUGAUGUGUUCAGGGUGGCUGACAAAGACUGGGGAGCUGAUUUCCGGAUGUUAUCAGGGGGUGCAGCUCUAGUUGGUCUCACCUUGUGGCUGGAUCAUAUGCAGGACGCAUCUCUGCAAGGUUACCCCGAGUCUCCCAAAUCAGUGGUACUAAUAACCGGAACAGCCGAGUACAACAUGGUGUCACUCAGCAGCACAGUGAAGGCGUACUUGUGGGAGAUGGGGUCGCCAUUCCUUCCUUGCAAGACACGGAGUGGUCUUCUGGUUGCCAAGGCUCACUCCCUGAGAAUGUGGUUGAAGGACUCCCCAUUUUGCCUCGACCUAGAGCUGAAGAACUCACCAGCCCUCCCAGAUUCCAACUCGAUGCGCCUCGUUGAAGGUUGCUUCAUGAGGUCCGGCCUGGUUCCUGCUUUCAAGGAGAUCACCGAGAAACUUGGGGUUGUGAGGCCCAAGAAAUUCGCCAAGUUGGCUCUGCUGUCUGGUGAGAAAAGAGAGAAUGCCAUCAAAGCUGAUGUGGAGGGCAGGAAAGAGAAGCUUGAAAAGUUGAGGAAGAAGAAUGGUGACCGCCUCCAGAAGGAGAAGAGGAGGGCCGGGGCAAUGAAGAGAAGAAUAUUUGUUAGAAGCAGAGGAAGAGACAAAGGGCAUGCUCCUGCUACUUUGCUGGCAUCGGAAUCUGAAGUCUUGCACAUUGACAUCGCACCACGAACGCCAGAAUGAUUGCUAGGCAUCAAAAGAAAUUUUAACAUAGGUUAGUGAUCGGUUUAGUAUAUCUUGCUAGCUUCUGUAUUUAAUAUAGCGUCAUCUGUGCA